AUGGCCCCCGGUCUUAUUAACGGCAAGGCCGAAUAUAAGAUUAAGCGUACUCUUGACUGCCAGAACCGGCCGCUUAGCCGUUUUAAGCCUCCCAUUAGUGGAGUCAAUAUGGAUGCGCCCGACUUGGCGUAG